AUGAGCAAUUUGAAAGUGGAAAGUCUCGAGAACGAGAUUAAAAGCCUACGAGACCAGCUUGAUGCACAACAUGGCGUCGACGAACAGGUAAAAACCUUGCGCAAUGAGCUGAAGCUGGCCGGCGAACGGAAUGCCACUUUGAUGGCCGCAGUUGAGAAGGCUGAAAAUGAUGCAGAUGAGGCAGAUCGCUCGAAUCGAGAAACCAUCGAAGAGCUCGAAGAAGAAGUUCGUUCAUUGCAAGAGAAGAUGUCCAGCAUGGAGAAUUUGGAAGAGGAAACGUCGAAGAAAAUUGCAUCCCUUGAAAGUGCAAAUAAAGAUCUGGAAGAGACGAGUCGUGAAGCAGAAAGUAAGCUGUUUGCGCUGCAAAAAGACCUUGAAGUAGCUCGAGCUGAACUCUCGACGGCUAAGCUUACAGUUGAGCAAAUGCGUGUCGAGAAUGAAAAACUGUCAGCAAAAGCAAGCCUUGAAGAUGAGGAAAUAGAAUACGCACAAAGGAAAAGUGAGGUGGAAUUGAGGCAUCAGAAAGCUAUCCUCGAGCUACGAAAAGAGAGCGACUCACGGAUAGGGGAACUACAGCAUAGGUACAAUGAACUUAGCGAAAGUCAUAAACAAGAAAAUGACGAGUUGAAGAAGCACAUCAGUGAACUGGAACAAUCCACGCAUCGUGCCAAACAAGAACGCAGCGGUGAGAUAGCUCGUCUAAGCGCAGAAGGUGCUCAGCUGAAUCAUGAGCUGCUGUCGUUGAAGGAGAUAAUCGCAGAGAGUGAAAACCGAAAACGAGCGAGUGAUCAAGAAAUGAGCAAAUUACUUGAAGAGAAACGCGUUCAUCUGCAAAAAAUUGCUGAUUUUGAAAAACAACGACUACAAUUGCAAGGAGAAGUGAACUCGUUGAAAGCGCAGCUUGAAGAAAGUGAAAGUGAACAUUUAAGGGCAGAACAAGAAUUGAUAAAGCAAAAUUCAGCACUCACCGAAGAACUCGGUAAAUCUGCAGCCGGAAUGCGCGAUCGUUAUCGUGAAUUGAGACAAUUAGGCGCUGAAAUAGCUUCGCUUAAAGAUGAGCUAAAGAGUGAACGAUCAAAAUAUGAACAAGUCGAAUCGGAGAAACAGGACUUAUCAGCCAAACUCGCAAAGCUUGAUGAAGACUUGCGAACGCUUCGCGUUACCAAUGAAAACCUCCGUAAACAGAAUGAAACUGCUCUAGAAUACAGCCGUGGUGUACAAAACUCAGGAAUGAGGUCUAAGGACAUGGAAGCAACUGUUGUUAAGACUGAUGCCGUUCGUGACGUUCAGGCGCUUCCAUCAAAACCUGCGAUGCCUGAUCUCAGUGGCGUCCCGUCUGAGCAAAUCGGCUCGACAGGUUGUGGUCCUUUCGAAUAUGACGAGCUUUUGGCGCUAGUGAGAUCAACUGAGAUGGACGAAGAGGGCACUGUUCAGCACGACAGCGCAUCUGCGAAAGUGACUAGUCAAAGAACUCCAGAGGCAAAAUCUGUACAUACUGAACACAUUUUGACGCCUCAACAACCGUCAAGUAGUGCCGAAAAACCUAUUGAAGCAUUAUCUGAUCUAAAGGCCGAAAAUUCGUCGCUGCAGAAUCAACUUCGCAGCGCUGUCUCAGAACGUGAUGCCUUACAACAGAAGUUACUUUUCACUGAGCAACAACGAAACGAAGCGCAAUCAAUUUCAGAGAAUCUGAGACAUGAAAUUGAAGUUGCUGAGAGUCGAAUCCGACAAAUGGUUAAUUCAAAGAAAGAGGAAAUGAUCGAACUGAACAAAAAACUCGACAGUAUCGAUCAUCAACGAAACGACGCUCUCGCCGAGCUAAAUUCGGUUCGAAAACAACUCGAAGAAGCACAAAAAAAUGUCACUCAUCUUGAAACUGAGAAACGUUCAUUGCAGAAACAGUCUGCAAUACUUGAUGAAACACUCCACAGCAUAGAAGAAAACUCUCUUCACAGUCAACAACAGAAGCGUGAUGAAUCGGAACCACUGGAAAAACAGCUUCGUAUGGCCAUAAAAGAGAAGGACCGUGCGCAAACUCGUGCCAGUCAGCUACAAUUCGAGGUUGCUCAGCUCAAAGAGAGUAUGAUGAAAUUACAAUUUGAACUCAGGGAUUCUCAACGUGGUGAUCCAUCUAGAAAUAAAGAAUUGUCUGUCUUAAAGAAAACUUCUGACAUGACUGCUGAACCGUUAGAUAUUGGCAAACAGAUGCAUAGCAUCGCAACAGAUAGCCCUUCCCACAGCCAGAAGAAAGAACAAGAUGAUUUAGAACUGCUGCAGAGGCAACUUCAUAUCGCUGUUAGCGAGAGAGAUCAAGCACUCGGUCAUGCAGCUCAAUUGAAAUCUGAACUUUUCCAGCUCAACGAUAGUCUGGUGAAGUUGAACUUUGAAUUCAUCCAUUCUCAGAGCGGGGAUCCACACAAAAACAAAGAACUGUGCGUUUUGGAAAGAACGCCAGAUAUUUCAAAGGAGCCGCUUGAAAGCAAAGAAGAUAUAUCAAAAACCAAAGAGGAGAUGAUCCAACUGAAGACCAGUCUUGCCAAAGAAACCGAGGAUCGCAAUCGUCUUCGACAAGAAAUCGUCGAUUUGAACGCAAAAUUGAAGGCUGCGUCGGAAAGAGCAGAGACGGCUGCUGCAGAAAAAGAUGCGCUGAAUUCCGAGUUGAGCAAUAUGAGGAAGAAAAUUAAAUCUAAUGAGGAACAACUGAAACGAGAUUAUGCGACAAGAUCAAAAAUCAAAGAGGAGAUGAUACAACUGAAGACCAGUCUUGAAGAUUCUAAGAGUCAGAAAUCAUCCAGUGACACUUUAGUUUCUACAUUGCGUAAGCAGUUAGAGAACACCAAGAAGCAGCUAUCGAAAUGUGAGGCCGCAAAACGUUCGCUCGAAGGUAAAAUGGCUGAUGCUACCGUGCAACAGAAGGCACUCACAGAAAAAAUGAGCAGUGUGGAACAGCACAGUCAAGAGGUGGAAUCAACGUUGGCAAGCUUGAGAAGCGAAAUGGAAUCAUUGACCGAACAACGAACAGUUGAAAUGGAUCAGAAGAAGCAUGAAAUUGAAUCUUUGCAAAACAAACUUCAUACGUACGAUACUGAAAGCACUCAAAAUGAAGCGCAACUUUCGUCACUCAAAAAUCGAUUGGAAGCAUCGCAAAAGAAUCUUUUGGAGAGUGAGAAUGAGAAAAAUACGUUGAAAAACGAGUUGACGGAGUUACAGCUACAAUUGCAAAAACUGCAGAAGCAAGUUGAAGACUCAGAGAGCACAAGGACUGAAAUUGAAAAGAGUUCAACAAGCAUGAAAUCUGAGCUCGAGUCAAUGAAGGAAAAACUCGCAUCAGCUCUAAAAGAAAAACAGCCGCUUGAAAGCAAAGAGGAUAUAUCAAAAACCAAAAAGGAGAUGAUCCAACUGAAGAUCAGUCUUGACAAAGAAACCGAGAAUCGCAAUCGUCUUCGACUAGAAAUCAUUGAUUUAAAGACAAAAUUGAAACUCGAGAAUGACAGAGCAGAGAUGGCUAAUGCAGAGAAAGAUGCGUUGAAUUCCGAGUUGAGCAAUAUGAGGAAGAAAAUUAAUGAAGAGCAGGUGGAACGAGACGCAGGGAAGAAGACACUGGAAACAGAGUUGCAAACGUUGCGGCAAGAGUUGCACAACGCUCAGGAGAACGCAUCUGAGACGAAUAAUGCGAAGGAAUCAGCGUUGAAGAAGUUAGCACAACUUCAACGAGAUACCGAGAAAUAUCAGGAACGUAACGAGAGUUAUGUGAACGAAAUCGAACGUCUUCGAAAGCAGUUGGCACAAUGCGAUGAGCUGUUGAGAGAUUCUCGUAAGCAAGCGGAAGGAUUCAAAGCUAAAGCUAGUAAAACUGAACACUUGAGCGAAUUUCAGCAGAAAGAACUGGCCGCAGCAAAAGCGGAUGCCACGGAGCAGAAACGCCUUGCGAAUCAACGUUUGGAGUUGUCACAGAAACAGGAGAAUGAAAUUCAACGAUUAAAAGCNGAGGAUAUUGCGCGGCUUAGGGAAGAUUCUGAGCAAUUCAGAAGUGAGUUGCGAGCGCUGCGAGAGAUUAAAAUGAAGAGCGAUUAUGAAAGCCUUCAGCAUCAACAACUUCAAGAGCAAUUGGCUACGGCGAAAAGUAUUCAAGAAAGGACCGAGAAUGAUCGGAAACAGCUUCAGAAAGAGUUGACUUCAACUCGUGAUCAAUUAGAAGCGUUGAAAAGCGAACGAACUCGUCUUGCAGAUGAGCUAGACAAGAGCAAAUCCAAUUUCGAGCGGGCACAGGUGAAGCUGAAAUUGAUCGAAAAUGAUUUGGAGGGCAAUAAGGAAUCCCAAAAACUCUGCAAAGAGCAGCUGAAGAAAUCCGAGGAAGAAGCAGACCGUUUAAGAGGUGAAUUAAGUGCAAUUGCGUCACAAUCGAAUGCACACGCCGCACAACUGAGUUCCUUGAACAGUGAGUUGAAUAAAGCGAAACAGAAAUAUGCUAUGUUGAAUUCGGAAGCGAAACAUCUCAAAGAUGAGAAUGAACGAUUGAAAAACGAAAACGCUCGUAAACAAAGACGUCUAGAGGAUCUGGAUGCAGAAAAAGCCUUCAUGCGUGCCGCAAUUGACGCAAGUUCGGCGGAGACUCGUUCUCUUCAGAGAGAACGAGUUGAGCAUGAGAAUGCGUUACGAAAAAUUCGCGAAAUGGAGAUGAACGAGGAUCGACAAAACAAAGAAAUCCAGCAGUUAAAACUCCGUAUAAACGUCAUGAAUGAGUGCGGUGCCGAAACACGAACUGUUCUAAAACGCACGGCACAGCUGAAUGAAUCUUCUUCACUUUACCACCACCAGAUUUCACCCACGAGCAGCUCAACUAGCACUUCGAAAAGCUUUGAGGUGUGUGCAUGUGAACAUCGAUGA